CUAAUCUUCUUUGUCUCUUUUUCCCUUUUUCUGUACUCAAAACUCUGAUUUCAGCUCCGAAGAUCUUCUUUCCUUGGGGAUUUCGGCUGAAAAUGGAGGAAGUUGGGGUUUUGGAACUCAAAAUCUAGGGUUUUAGUUAGGGCAUUUGUCUGGGACGAAGUGCCUUCUACUCUGUUUUGGUUAAUAUAUUUGUAAUUUUGUUGAGAUUGAUAGGAGGAGAUGAAGCAGUUGGUAGGGAGACCGGGUUCUGGGAGUGGGUUAGUACUCCGAUUAGGGCAAGUUGCUUGUGCUGCUGCUUCCAUCGGAAUCAUGGUCUCUGCUAAUGGCUUCGCUACUUUUACUGCUUUUUGCUACUUGAUUGCAUCAAUGGGGCUUCAAGUUUUGUGGAGCUUAGGACUGGCAUGUCUUGAUGUUUAUGCUUUGAGGAGAAAGAGGGACCUCCAAAAUCCAAUCCUAGUCAGCCUGUUUGUUGUUGGAGAUUGGGUUACAGCUACACUAUCACUGGCUGCUGCAAGCUCAUCAGCAGGGAUUGUAGUUCUAUAUGCAAAAGACAUGAAUUUCUGCACGUCUAAGUUUCACCUCCCAUGCAAUAACUUUCAGAUUUCUGUUGCCUUGGCCUUCCUCACAUGGGCCCUAAUUGCCUUAUCAUCUUAUGUGAUGUUUUGGAUCUUAUUAACCUCAGUUUAAAAGAUCUUUGCAUACCUUCCUCACUAUCAAGACUCGUACUACAGUUAUCAUUGAUUUUCAUUUGUAAGUGGUAUUGUUCUAUAGCAAGCAAUUACUGGCUUCAACAGCCUUUGGGGAUCUCUCAUUCAGUUGCAUCAUCAUUGUGUGCAAGCGCAACCUGCUGACCACACCUGAGCCGCACCCUCGUUUCAUAGGGUUCCAUCCCUUUAUUAUCAAUCUCAUCAUUGGAGCUAGGCAUGUGAAUUCAAGUUGUGGCUUGCUAUAGACUCUAAAUUUUAUAUUGUUAUAUACUUGUUAUGAAACAAAGAGGGUGAGGGAAUCAAAAUUUUGUCUGUAACUCUCCCAAAUGUUUGCAGAAGUUGUAUCCUCGCUUGAAAAGAUGUAUAAUCAACUUGCAAAUGAAAUAUCAUUAAUACUUUGUCAAA